CAACGCGGGUACGUCCGAGUAACUUAGCGCGAAGACCUAUGUAAAUCCGAGUAUUAUAAUAGUUUAAUUUUUUCUUUAGCUAAGAAAGGGUCCGUAAACAAGGAGUUUAAGGACUUAAUCCUUACGUAUGUGGCAACACCUGAUAGGCUAGGGGGAUUGGGAUGUUUUCGCGUGGGGAAAAAAACCGAGUCAGUUUCUUUCUACUUCUCAAAAAAAAAACUCUCCGCGACAUCGAAGGCGAUACGGCGACAGGAGAAAGCUUAAGGUGUUGAAAUGGAAGAAGAAUUAAGAGAUAUGAAAGCACGGAAAGAUUACUACAACAUGCUUCAUUACGUUGCAGAUGCGCAACAGGGUAUUCCUCAACUCUGUCCUUGUGGAUCAAUCACGAAGGAAGUCGUUGAUGAAGAGGACACGUACGACUACCUACCGGGGAAAAGAUAUUUCAUUUGCAAAGAUUUCGAGAAUGACGGGUUGCAUUUCAGGCAACCAUGGGUUAUGGGAAUGCAACAAGAGGUUGAGAGGCUUAAAAAAAAAUUCUACGAGCAGGAGAAGCUUCUAAGAGAGUGCCAGUCGCUUAAGGAGCAGGUGAGGAUGCUGCUUAAGCGUGUGACUGAACUUGAGAGAGCCCAUUCCGAGUUCAAACGUAAGUUUAGCAUAUCGUAUGCUUGCUUAUGGGAGCGCAGCUGACGCCGCUGACGAAUAUCUCCGACUUGGUGAAAGCACAGCACUUUCGUGUUUAGUUAAUUUCACCGAAAGCGUAAUACAUUUAUUUGGAGAGGAGUAUUUACGAAAACCAACUCCAGAGGAUCUUCAACGACUACUGGAUAUUGGAGAGAUACGUGGCUUUCCGGGAAUGAUAGGAAGCAUAGACUGUAUGCAUUGGGAGUGGAAAAAUUGCCCAACCGCUUGGAAGGGACAGUACACACGUGGAUCAGGAAAACCGACAAUUGUCUUGGAGGCGGUUGCUUCACAAGAUCUUUGGAUAUGGCACGCUUUUUUCGGUCCUCCAGGUACCUUAAAUGAUAUUAACGUCCUCGAUCGGUCACCUGUUUUUGAUGACAUUUUGCAAGGUCGAGCUCCAAGGGUGCAGUACAUGGUCAACGGACACCAGUAUGAUAUGGCGUACUACCUCACGGACGGUAUAUAUCCAAAAUGGUCAACAUUUAUCCAAUCUAUCUCACUCCCUCAAGGUCCUAAAGCAGAGUUAUUUGCAAAAUAUCAAGAAUCAACCCGAAAAGAUGUGGAGCGCGCUUUUGGAGUAUUGCAAGCUCGAUUUGCAAUAGUGAAAAAUCCAGCUAUUUUGUGGGACAAGAAGCAGAUAGGGAUGGUUAUGCGAACAUGUAUCAUACUUCACAAUAUGAUAGUAGAAAAUGAACGCAACGGAUACACUCAGUAUGAUACAUCUGAGUUUGAAGAAGGAACCUCGACCAGAAGUUCAAAUGUGGAUGCACCCAGUACUUCCGAGAUGCCUCCAAAUCUCGCUAAUAUGCUUCUUAUACGGACUCAUGUUCGUGAUAGGCGUUUACAUGAACGAUUGAAAAAUGAUUUGAUAGAAAAUAUUUGGAACAAGUUUGGUAAUGAUGAAGAUGAAUAAUUAUUGUAUGUUUACAUUUAAUCAUUCAAUAAAUAAAUUUAAGCUUUAAAUGUU